UAAACUUUUCUUUACGCGUUCAGCAAAGAAAGCUUGCUUUUUUUUUAGGGGGGGGGGGUCUUCUAGUGGAAGAAUUGGAAGAACCCCACAUGUAAAAAAAUUAAGCUUCCAAAUAUUAGGAGAAAAAAGAAAAUUAAAAAGUGAAAUGCCCAUUUGGGUUUGAUGAAUCUUCGUCAAUCCCUUUGGGUUUAUGACAAAAAUUCAUCAAUUUUGUACGCUUUCUUCAUGUUUGACUUUGAAUUUGCGUACAGUUGAAGAACACCUCUUUUCUUAGCUUAUUUGCCUUCCCUCCCUUAACAUGUUCAAUCAUGUCCUCAACAACAAUUCUUUUAACUUUUUGUGUUUUUAAAAUUUUUUAGGGUUUUGGGUGUGGUAGAUUCUUCUCUGGAGACAAAGAAAUAAUGGGUGUCAUUGUUCUUCCUUGUUCUUUGCAUUCUUGAAUAGAUUAUUCAUUUUUAUAAACAAAAGAGAAAGAAAAAAAAAAAAAGAAAAGAAAAGGGUGAGAGGGGGAAUACAUGCUUUAUAGGAAUGAAAAAAUUGUAACUUUUUUGGUUAAUUUUGAGAUCUUAUCUGAUCUAGGUCUCUUUUGCAGUCUUCUUCCAUCCUUUGCUGCACGUUAUUGAUUUGUUUGAGGCAGAAACCUUAUUGAUUAUGAGCAGAUAACAUUCUGCAUUAUGGAUUGGAUUAAAAAAUUUUUUAAGGGCUGUGGCCUUAAAAAUUCAGAGGGGCAUUAUCAUGGACGUUAUGUGGAGGAUCCUCAAUUUUAUGGACCAUCUGGCACAAGGGAUGCGUGGCGGGAGCAUGAGAAUGAAGAGAUAGAUCGUGCUAUUGCCCUAUCCCUUCAAGAGGAAAGUCAGAAGGGGAGAAAGGUAAUAGAUAAUGAAUCUCAACUAGAGGAAGAUGAGCAACUUGCGAGAGCUAUACAAGAAAGUUUGAACUUUGAACCUCCACCCCAAUAUGAAAAUGCAAAUACGUAUCAACCUAUCCCACUCCAUUUUCCAAUGGGAUACAGGAUUUGUGCUGGUUGCAAUACUGAGAUUGGUCAUGGAAGAUUUCUAAAUUGCCUCAAUGCAUUUUGGCAUCCAGAAUGUUUCCGUUGCCAUGCUUGCAACCUUCCAAUUUCUGAUUGUGAGUUCUCUAUGUCUGGGAAUUACCGUUUUCAUAAAUCAUGCUACAAGGAGCGCUACCAUCCAAAAUGUGAUGUCUGCAACCACUUUAUUCCAACAAACCCUGCUGGUCUUAUUGAAUAUAGGGCACAUCCUUUUUGGAUCCAGAAGUACUGCCCUUCUCAUGAACAUGAUGGUACUCCACGAUGUUGCAGCUGUGAGCGAAUGGAACCACAAGACACAGGAUUUGUUGCCCUUAAUGAUGGACGGAAGCUCUGCCUAGAGUGUCUGGAUUCUGCUGUUAUGGAUACCAACGAAUGCCAACCCCUUUAUCUAGAAAUACAAGAGUUCUAUGAAGGGUUGAAUAUGAAAGUGGAGCAGCAAGUUCCAUUACUCCUGGUUGAAAGGCAAGCUUUGAAUGAAGCCAGAGAGGGAGAAAAGAAUGGCCAUUAUCAUAUGCCAGAGACUAGAGGACUCUGCCUUUCUGAGGAACAAACUGUCAGCACUAUUCUAAGGCGACCAAGAUUUGGGACAGGAAAUCGAGCCAUGGACAUGAUAACAGAGCCCUACAAAUUGACACGUCGAUGUGAGGUGACUGCGAUUCUCAUUUUAUAUGGCCUGCCAAGGUUACUGACUGGGUCAAUCUUAGCACACGAGAUGAUGCAUGCAUGGAUGCGACUUCAAGGUUUCCGGACUCUUAGUCAGGAUGUCGAGGAGGGUAUUUGUCAGGUGUUAGCACACAUGUGGUUGCUUACCCAGCUCGAUUCUGCUUCAAGCAGCAAUGUUGCAUCAACUUCAUCCUCUGCGUCUAGUAGAUUAGAAAAGGGCAAAAGACCUGAAUUCGAGAGGAAGCUUGGAGAGUUCUUCAAGCAUCAAAUUGAAUCAGACACUUCCCCUGUAUAUGGAGAUGGUUUUAGAGCAGGCCAUCAGGCAGUUUAUAAAUAUGGUCUUAGAAGAACCCUUGAACAUAUUCGGAUGACUGGGAGAUUUCCUUACUGAAAUCCCAAAUUCUCAAACACGUUUCCCAAUUCUUUCAAAGAGUCAAAGCUCGGCCUUUUCCUAUUAGACCCAAAGGCCCCCAAGCACAUAGGAUCAUAUCACUCUCUAUACAGUAGGUUUUAGAAUUCCUACAAAUUUUCAUUCCUUGUGGCUGUCAUUGCCAUUCAUAUUUUUAUAUAAAAUUAGUUUAGUUUUUAAAUCCUGUUUCCCGCUAUAAGUUUUCUUUAAAUUAUUUAAU